AUUGCUGCUGAUUUCACUACCGAUUUGUGCGCCUCGUUGAAGCAGGAACAGGCUUGCUGUACCGAAAAAAUCACGUGUUCUGUGUGUGCGCAUCCGUCGCGCUUCUGCUUCGACCUUGGCAUAUCUCCCUUGUGCACGACAUCAGCUUAGCUUGCAGCAGGCCGGAUUCGCAGUCAGCGCAUCCUCGCUGUCCUCGAGGCGCUCUGGUCAGUCCCGCAGGAAUCCCUCAGCACAGAGCGAGCUCGCCUUAUCGCAUCCGCCUUAUCGCCUUAUCGCGAGUUCUUUCCGCCGGACUCAAGUUCUCUAGCUCCUUACGGUCGUUAAGCUCAAGCUCUUGCCAGUCAAGAUGGUUCCUCGUCCGCUCGACUGCACGCAGUCCGGCCCAGACUACGCCGCCGGGGGAGUUGUUUCAGGCGUUCCAGGCGUCCCGGGUGUUCUUGGAGCCCCAGGAGUCCCAGCGGAUCGUGCCAUGGCGUUUCUCUCCAAGUCGUUUCUCGACGUGCGUAAGAGUGCUGAGAGCGACCUCAAGCUCAUCAGCACGCGCACGCAGGGCCUGAAGAAGAUCGCCGAGCAGCUCGACGACUGGGAGAACAUCAAACUACCCGCCGUUUUCCCCCUUAAAGACAAGGAUAAGGACGUCACUGCCGGAACGCUUAUCCGGAAGAUUAAGGACCGCAGUAUGGAGAUUACGAAGCCGUUGGGGGAGCGAGCAUUGUCGAUCGACAGCGAGCUCGAUCUGUUCUUCAAGAACUGGGAGCAGCACGUUCCUCCGGCUCUUUCCAAGCUUAAAAAGUUCCAAGACGCCGGUACCGCCGCCGGUCGCGCGCCGGUCAGCCUGAAGCCAUUUGACGGCCGUCAGUUUAUCAACCUGGAUGAGUGGAACAAGGCCGUUAAGGCGCACAAGUGGCCGUUGGGGGAAAGCUGGACUGUUCCGCUCCAGCGUGCCAUGAAAGAAGCCGCUGCGGCUGCGGCUGCCGCUGCCGCUGCUUCGCCGCCGGCUGCCGGCCCGCGAUCUCCGGCGGAGUUUCUGGAGGCCGUGAAGAACCACCUGAAGCUGUCGGCGUCUAAGGACUUCUCGUCAGAGCUGCACCCGGACGUGUUGCCUUUGGACGUGCCUGAGCUGCUCGAGUCCUUCGCGCGUAACUCCGAAGUGCUCCUGGACCACCUCGGCAUGGACAAGGCCGUGGCGACCAAGGUCCGCAGCACCAUCCGCACGCUCCGCGCGGGGACUUCGGGCGCGGCCCCCAACGCCACCCCCGACGUGGACGCGCGCGUGCAGCAGAUCAUGCGCAGCACGGGGUACCGCCUGGACGAGAGCGAGGCGGGGUGGUGGAGCGCGCUCGCGCUCGCGCACGCCUCCAGCCAGCAGCAGGGGGGGCAGGCGCAGACGGCGGAGAAGGUUGAGGCCGGCGGGAAAUCCGCCGUGAAAGCGGGUGUUUUGAAGAAGGGGGAACUGCCGGAGGAGGAGAUUCUGCAACAGCAGCUAGAGGUGCAGCCGCAGCAGCCGGCGCAGCCGGCGCAGCAGAAGCAGCGGAAGUUUGCGAUCGUGACGACGGCGAGUCUCCCCUGGAUGACGGGCACCGCCGUGAACCCGCUGCUCCGCGCGGCGUACCUGGCGGCGCUGGGCAAGGGCGUGCAGGUGACGCUGCUGGUGCCGUGGCUGGCGCGCGACGAGCAGGGGCUCGUGUACCCGCGCAACAUGACGUUCGAGUCGCCGGCCGAGCAGGAGGCGUAUAUGAGGAAGUGGCUGGAGGAGCGCGUGGGGUUCCAGCCGGACAUGAAGAUCGCCUUUUAUCCCGGACGGUUCUCGACGGAGAAGCGCAGCAUCCUGGCCGUCGGCGACAUCUCGUCCUUCAUCCCGGACGGCGACGCUGACGUGGCGGUCCUCGAGGAGCCCGAGCACCUGACGUGGUACUACCACGGGCGGCGCUGGACGGACAAGUUCAAGCACGUCGUCGGGAUCAUCCACACGAACUACCUGGAGUACGUCCGUCGCGAGAAGAACGGGCCACUGCAGGCGUUUCUGCUGGAGCACGUGAACAACUGGAUGGUGCGCUGCUACUGCAACAACGUCGUCCGCCUCUCCGCCGCGACCCAGGACUUCCCCCGCGCGUCCGUGUGCAACGUGCACGGCGUGGGGGUGAAAUUCCUCGACAUAGGCCAGCGCGUGGCGCGGGAGAUGCACGCGGGCGGGAAGCCUUUCUCCCAGGGCGCGUACUACCUCGGGAAGAUGGUGUGGGGGAAGGGGUACCGCGAGCUGGUGGAUCUCUUGGCGGAGAACAGGGACGCGCUGGGCGGGAUCAAGGUGGACGUGUUCGGCAGCGGGGAGGACUCGGACGCCGUGCGCGCGGAGGCGAGGGCCAAGGGGCUCAGUAUGAAGUUCCACGCUGGGAGGGACCAUGCGGAUGCCAGCCUGCACAAGUUCAAGGUGUUCAUCAACCCGAGUCUGAGUGACGUGGUGUGCACGACGACAGCAGAGGCCCUGGCCAUGGGCAAGAUCGUGGUGUGCGCGGACCACCCCUCCAACGACUUUUUCCGCUCCUUCCCCAACUGCUUUAUCUACCGCAACCAGAAGGAGUUCGUUGAGAAGGUGCGAGAGGCCAUGGCGUCACAGCCCAUGCCUCUAUCCGAGCAGCAGCGCCACAUGCUGUCCUGGGAGGCGGCCACCGAGCGCUUCCUACGCUCCUCAGGCAUCGAGCACGAGCUCACGCACUUGCUGCCCGCUCCUGCUCCUGCCACCAACCUAACUGCCGCUGUAACCACUCCUGCGUCUGCCGCGCCCUCCCGUUCGGCUUCCACCCUUUCUCUCACUGCUCUUGCUGCCGAAUCUGCUGCUUCAGCUGCUGCUGCUCCACCCACCCCGUCUGCUGCUUCUUUGCCUGCCCCUGCUCGCCUGUCCACGCGUAGCCAGAGCUGUAAUGACCUCACGGCAGGUGCUGCUAUGGGCGGUGCUGCUGGUGCCUCGCCUGCGUCUACGCCCUCCUCUGCCUCGCCCGUUGCCUCUGCUAUGGUGCACAGCGCAUCCGCGUUUGAUCUCUCUGCUCCCAGCAGCAGCAACAGCAGUGACGAUUUGUUCUCCUUCCCCUUAGACCAGCAGGCCCAGUUCUCUACCAGUCUCGCCCUCCCACAAGACGCCCUCCUUACCACCCCCACCCCCGUCUGGAACAACCACAAUCAGGCUCAGGCCCAUCCCCCCUCCCACGUGGCGCAUUCCCGCAGUACGGCCCUUCCCAGCGCGUCGCUCUCCCUCUCCGUGUCUGCCCCUGACCUUACCGAUCUCACGGACCGCUUCCUGUCCUUCGCGCAUUACAUGGCGUCUGGGAUUGAGCCGGCUCGCCUCGCGUUCGGCGCCCUCCCCAACACCAUGCACAUUGAUGAGGCUUUGAGCAAGGACUUGGGUGUGCCAUCCCCGUGGGCACAGCGGCCUUCCUAUGGGUGGUGAGCGGUGGUGAGCGGUGGAGUUGUAGAUGGUGCUGGAUGGGUUGCAGGCUGUGUGUAUGAGCAGGAGAAAGCUUGGGGAAUGGUGGAGGUGGUGAAGUGAUUGUCGACCCCUGUGCUAGCUCCUGUGCUAGCUCCUGUGCGAGCUCCUGUGCUAGCUCCUGUGCUAGCUCCUGUGCUAGCUCCUGUGCUAGCUCCUGUGCUAGCUCCUGUGCUAGCUCCUGUGCUAGCUCCUGUGCCAGCUCCUGUGCUGACCAUGACUGGGCUGUCUUCUGCGUUCUGGUAGCAGCUUCGCAAGAGGAGGGCUUGAGUGCAGUGAGAUUCGUAGCGGUGUUGGGAAUAUGGAAGCGCGGAGGAAUUUGUGAGUGUUGAUGAUGGGAGGGAUACUGUAGAGCCUUUUCUUUGUUCUUCUUAGAUUUGGGACUCCGUGUGCCAUAUUUGUUCAUAACAUGUUUUUUUUUUGCAAAUUUCUGCUAGGAUUAGAGAGCCGGAGUUGGGAUUAGUGGUUCAAGUGUAUAUAUUUUAUAGAUAGAAAGGUUCUGUU